GCGGACCGUGUCUUCCAGCAGGCGAAGGCGGCUUGUGAACAGCAUCCGCUGUUCAGGCAAUGGGUCAGGGAGGUGCACGAGGAAGUCAACUGCGAGGACGGGCUUGAGGAAGAGGAGCGCUGGGUCGUUUGGGAACAGGAGCCUGACGAAGACUUGUUGUGUUUCCGCUGCUUUUUGAAAAGGCAGGCUGGCCUCCCGGAGUGCUCGUCAGACGGCGAGGUCAGCGUGACGAGUGAGCAGGAAGCUUCGGUUGAGCAGCUUUUGCGUGCCGUGGACACUGUCGACAGCAGUAGCGAUGAGGCCGAGGCGGCUGAGGUUUCCCAGUUUAGGAGAAACAAGAAGCGCACGCCCCCAAAGCAAACCGCUCCACCCUCCCCUGCUGAUAGCUGGGAGCAAAGUGACAAAGAAGUGCUCAGCCCUUGCCUGGAGAAGUUGCACGAGCCGGAAGGUUUCAAGAGGUCUGUCAUGUGGCAGUACCUGCAGCAGGCUGCCCAAAGGUUUGAGGACACGAAAGAGGAUGAGGACAAGAACAGUUUUCUGCUCAAGUGGAGCAAGCUCAAGACCUUGCAGCAGACGGGGGAGCAGACUUCAGAGCUGAUUCCGGCUGUCAGCCAGCAGAUUGAGGAGCUUCUUGUCGCCGUCCGCAUUCCUGAGAUUGGACCUUCUUUGCAUGUCGCAGCUAUGGAGAAGUUCUCGGCAAAGUUGGCACUGUUGCUGCUCGAAGCUUGCAAGGAUUGCAAAGACUCGGCUGCAGUUGCAGCAGCUGCAGCAGCUGUGAUGGAUGCUCAGCAUGAAACAAUGCAAUCGUGUGCUCUGUGUGACACACCUUCGUUUGCACGUUCCUGUGUUGAGUUUGCGUGCUCUGAGAUGGUGCCAGUCAUGCAGACCGCAUUUCUGCUCACGGACACAGACCUUUCGGCUGACAGCCAGAGUGUGACCGACUUCCUGCACAGUCACCUGCGCGCUGUGUGCGACUUGGAGCAAAACAAACAACGGGUCAUGCAGGUUCUGGAGACACCGGACGCUGAAAGCUUCCUCGAGCGAGCUGCUACUUUGCAGAAGAAAGUCGCCCCUGUGCUCGCGUCGAAGCUGCAGACGUUGCGGGCCGAAGUGGACAAAACGCUCACGGUGCUCCAAGAGCAGCUGGCCGAGAAGAAUCUCGCAAAAGCAAGCGCCAUAGAGGAGGAUAUGGCCACGCGACUUGCAACAACCAAAAGUGCUGCCCGUGCCCAGAUCACGACGUGGGGCGUUCUGACGAUUAUGGCAGAGGGAGAUCUGCAAGCUCAAAACAAAAAGGGCACUGACUUCAGAGCUGCCUUGAAAGAAAUCUGGGGCGAGCAUAAGAAGAUGCUGGCGUCACGCUUGGGCCCGGAAAUGUCCAAGCAAGUGACAGACACCAUUGCUGGCACUCUGAUCGUGCAACCGAAGGACGACGCUGAGCAGCCUGGCGAGGAGCAGCCGCGGAAGAGCACGAAACGCAAG